CUCUUCCUCAUGCGUGCAGCACAGCGUCACGUAGACCCGCAGCCGCCGGAUGUUGGAGGCUGUGAGAGACGCAGAGGAGACACGGAGGGUCAGCUGUGGGCAGCAGGGAGUCAAACCGAGACGCUUCGAUUCAGGUGAAGAGGAUCUUCUGACAGGACGAGAAGGAAAAUGCCUUCUGGUUGUGAUGAGAAAAAUGGAGAAGACCGUGAAAGUCAGUCCAUAUAUGUCAACAAUCCCCAUCUGGAGUCCAUGAAAGAAGACAUUCUGUACCAUUUCAACUUGGGCACGUCCUCCCAUGACUUAGCAGCCCAGUUUGGAGACGUCAAAUUCGUGUGUGUUGGCGGGAGUCCGUGGAGGAUGAAGUCCUUCAUUAAGUACAUUGCCGGAGAGCUGGGCCUGGCCGGUCCUGAUGCAGAGUACCCGAACAUCUGCGAGGGCACUGACCGCUAUGCCAUGUACAAAGUGGGACCUGUGCUGUCCGUCAGCCAUGGCAUGGGCAUCCCCUCAAUCUCUAUAAUGUUACACGAGCUCAUCAAGCUCCUGUACCACGCGCGCUGCACCGACGUCACUGUAGUGCGCAUCGGGACCUCGGGUGGAAUAGGUUUGCAGCCGGGCACCGUCGUGGUCACCAAGCAGUCGGUGGACGCCACGUUCCUGCCCCGCUUCGAGCAGGUGGUUCUGGGUAAGCCGGUGGUGAGGAGCACCGACCUGGACGGAGAUUUAGCGGAGGAGCUGCUGCAGUGUGGAAAAGAGCUUGCGGAGUUCGAGACCGUCAUCGGGAACACCAUGUGCACGCUGGACUUCUACGAGGGUCAGGCUCGUCUGGACGGCGCGUUCUGUUCCUACACUGAAGAGGACAAGCAGAACUACCUGGCCGAGGCGUACGCCGCCGGAGUCCGCAACAUCGAGAUGGAGUCCUCUGUUUUUGCUGCUAUGUGCAAACUCAGUAACCUGCGAGCCGCCGUGGUCUGUGUGACUCUGCUGGACCGUCAGAAAGGAGACCAGCUGACCAGCUCUCACGACGUCCUGCACAGCUACCAGCAGCGUCCGCAGAUCCUCGUGGGCCAUUACAUCAAAAAGAAGCUCAGCGCCUCCAAGAAAAAAUAAGCAGCCUGUUUUAGUGGUGGGCUGUGGAAUGUAAGUCGCACCAAAGCCUCGGUUUUUAUAUCGUCUUAUAUUUAGAGUUUACACUGAACCCCCAGCUUAGCCUCCUGUCCCGAACACGGCGUACACAAGCACUUGAAUUUAGUUUAUUAUUAUUAGUUUUACACUUUUUAAAAUUUGUUUUAAGAAGAUUCUGUUAUAAGUUCUGUAACAUUUUUGGUUUUAUGAACUGUUAGAUGAUCAAAUCAUCUGUGUUAUUGUUAUUAUUUUUACAGACAUGUCCAAAGCUUCGAGUUAAAACGUCACCAGCAGUUGUACAUUUACUGUCUAGAGUCUAGAACAGGUCUGAGGUCUCUAAGGCAUAAAGUGUCCUGUGUUUUUUUUUUUUUUAAUUUUUUAUUAUAAUUUUAAUUUCAUGAUAUAUACAGUCGUUUAUAUGUUACCAAUGAAAGUUUAUAUACAGCUGUUUUGCCAGCCACUUCAGUUUUAUACCAGAUAUUCUUGUCAAUAAAUACACAUUUUCUGUCAUUCAGCUGAAACUAAACAAUAAUAAUAAUAAUAAUAAUAAUAAGAAGAAGAAUAAUAAUCCCGAAGACUGUAGCUGAACUUGCCCCCCAGUUCUGUUUCUAUUGGAUCUGUUUAGCUUAUAUUCUUUAUUAUUCAGCCGUUGUGACCGUGAUUUAAGACCAGUCCUUCACCUACAUCACUGAUCAUAUAAUAUAGAAAUGACCUACAUAGAAAGAUGGAUGUUAUUGAUUAGGAUUGUUUCAUAAAAUGACUUUAAUUCACAAAUAUUAAAGAUAUUAAUGGUGUUCAUAUAUUUGGUAUUUUAUUGUAUUUGUGUUUGAGAUACAAUAAAAAAAAUGCACUAAAAA